GCGCAGAGGCCAUCCCGUCUCUUGUCUCCUCGCCGUGUGAUCGAGCCAUCGAAUUCUUGGCCUCUGCUCUCGAUCUUUCUGCUCUUCGCUCUUCCUCGGCCUCCACCUGUCCAUCUUCAGAGGCAGCAUCUGCUGCUGCUUGCAUUUCUUGCCGUUUCCAAGCAGCAAUGGCGUCGGAGAAGAAGAUCCUCGUCGCGCGGAAGGGCCGGCUGAGGCAGCGCUACGACAACGAGUACCGCCUCGUCGCGGGGUGCGUGCCGUACCGCGUGCGCACGGACGGGCAGCCCGAGGUGCUCAUGGUCUCCGCGCCCAACAGGAACGACCUCGUCUUCCCCAAGGGUGGCUGGGAGGACGACGAGGACGUGUACCAGGCGGCGUGCCGCGAGGCGCUGGAGGAGGCCGGAGUGAAGGGCACCAUCAAUAAAACCGCGCUGGGGCUGUGGGUGUUCAGGAGCAAGAGCAGCCCGGUCGACAGCGACAGCCCCCGGGGCGCCUGCAAGGGCUACAUCUUCGCGCUGGAGGUCGAAGAGGAGCUCGAGCAAUGGCCGGAGCAGGACACCCAUGGCAGGCAGUGGGUCUCCCCGGCGGACGCGUACCGCCUCUGCCGGUACGACUGGAUGCGCGAGGCGCUGUCGGCACUGAUGGACCGCCUGCCGGCGAUCUCCCACUACCAGCCGGCGGCGAAGGUGAAGCCUGCGCCGGAGUUGAACGAGCACGGUGGCGUGUACAUGAUGGUGAAGGCAGAAGCAACCGCGGAUCGAGCGGUGGCGCUCUGCUGAUCAAUGCCAUGUGGGGCUGUGGGUGGCUGACAGGUGCGAGCUAAUUAGCUGCCGCAUUUCGACGACGAUGAACUUGGCAGUCGGAAUCGUCAGAUGAUCUUGUCCUUCAUCAUUUUUCUCCAUCUCUUUUCCAACUAGUAAAAAUUUCUUCUCGGUGCAUCUGCAAAUGCUUCCUGACAGUGGUGUCUGUGAAAGCUUCAACCCUUAUAUGGAGGCAGUGCUUGUGGACUUGUGUGAUC